AUGGCAGAGGACAGAGCUCCAGGGCCCGCCGGGAAGCCGCUGGUGUUUCGCGUUGACGACAGCACCCCAGAAGCGGUGCCGAGCGUCCUGCUGGAGCGGGGGUGGGACAAGUUUGAGCAGGGAGGGCAGGACGUGGAAGACCGGAGCCUGUACCGGAGCGCCCCCUCCUUCCGCGUGGCCGAGCACGCCGACAACGAACCCUGGCAACGUCUCAACCACCACCCGGGCACCACCCGGCUCACCAGGAACGACCACCUGGCCAGACACCUGAGGCACAUGAAGAAGACGUACGGCGCGGCCCUGGACGAGUUCGUCCCCCUGGCGUUCGUGAUGCCCAACGACUACAGCAAGUUCGUGGCCGAGUACUUCAGGGAGAAGCCGGGGGCGGGCGGCGCGCGGAGCUGCUGGAUCUGCAAGCCGGCGGAGCGCUCCCGCGGGAGGGGCAUCCUCCUCUUCAGGGACAUCAAAGACUUAGUCUUCGACGACACCUACGUCGUGCAGAAAUACAUCUGCAACCCUCUGCUCGUGGGCAGGUACAAAUGCGACCUCCGCAUCUACGCGUGUGUCACCGGCUUUCAGCCUCUGACCAUUUACAUCUACCAGGAGGGGUCAGUGCGGUUCGCCAUGGAGAAGGUCGACCUCGGGAACCUGCGGAACAGCCAUGCGCAUCUGACCAACAGCAGCAUCAGUAAGUGCGCCUCGUACGUGAAGGUCAAGGAAGUGGUUGGCCACGGCAGCAUGUGGACCUUCAGCAGGUUCUUCUCUUACCUCCGCAGCUGGGACGUGGACGACCUGCUCCUGCGGCAGAAGAUCAACCACGUGGUGAUUCUCACGGUGCUCGCCAUCGCGCCCUCGGUGCCCGUCGCGGCCAACUGCUUCGAGCUCUUUGGCUUUGAUAUUUUGGUCGAUGACAACUUGAAACCAUGGCUUCUGGAGGUCAACUUCAGCCCCGCCCUGUCCAUAGACUGCUCGGCGGACGCAUCCGUGAAGAGGAAACUUAUCCAUGACACCAUCGAGCUGACUUACUUACGCAGUCUAAGAAACCAGAGGGCAGAACCGCGUGACGGUGCCAAGGGGAGACGCAGCGUCUCCCUCGCCAAGCUGCACGCGGGCGGACUCAGCAAGCCUGGCAGCGUGCGCUCCUCUGAGUCCCUCUUACAGCGGACGGGUAGAACUUUGAAGGAUGAAUCUGCCGUGAAGAAAGCCCUAAAAAUAGGCCCUGAAAAUAAACAUGCGUCCCAGCCGAGGGAAAUGGCGAGCCGGAAGAAGGACCUGCUUCUGUCCACAAAAGCCCCCAGGACCAAGCCAGAGCUAACGCGGAGACACUCGACCUCUCAUAAGACGCUCCUUCUGUUCAUGUCGCUCAGUCAGUCGUGCGUGGGCAAGACCGGCGUCUCCCCGUGCGCCCCCUCACAGCAGCAGGUGCCGGGUCUCCAAGCAGGGAAUUUCGUGCUCAUUUUUCCUUUCAAUGAAGCGACUUUCGGAGCAUCUAGGGACGGAUUAAAUGUCAGAAGCAUAAUCCAAGAGCUCCAGAAACUCAUGAAGAGCAGCAUCCCCACGUGGUGCACAUGGAAGCAAAAAGAAGGUGACGGGCUUUGA